GGAGGCGCGGGCGGGGCCGGGCGUGACCCGGAAGCCCACGGCGGGUUCCGCCCCUCGCUCGGGGAGAGGCAGGCUCGGACCGGCCCACCGAGCUGCUGCCGCUCUUCGCGCCCUCCUCGCCGACGCCAUGCUCCAGUUCCUGCUUGGAUUUACUUUUGGCAACGUGGUUGGAAUGUAUCUGGCUCAGAACUAUGACAUACCAAACCUGGCUAAAAAACUAGAAGAAAUUAAAAAGGACUUGGACGCCAAGAAGAAACCCCCUAGUUCGUGAGGCGGACUCCAGCACUGCCUUCUGGAUAUACCGGUUCUGCCGUUCUUGAGGGCCUCCUUACCAUCUGAACCAAAAGCUUUUGUUUUAAAUCCCAGCCUCAACAAUUUUCUUGUUAGAUACUUCAUUGCCUGAGAGCACAGAUGGGGCCACAAGUUAAGAAUCACCCUUGUCCAACUUCCUCACCUCGUCCCUUCCUCCUUCGAGCCACUUGAGACGGCCUAAGACUGGGAUUAUGGUGCUAGAUUAGUAAACGUGACCUCUAAUUAGUAGUCUCUCCUUUAUUCUUUGGAAUUUCUACUCUUUUCUAAAGAAAAAUUGAUGAGUUUUGUAUAGCCAAUCAGACAUAAGUAAUGCUGAUUUCACAGUUUAGCAGUUAUAAUGGGUGUUUAAACAUUUGGUAUUAAAUUAUAUUGUUUUAAAGUCAUUAAAAUUAAAGCCCAGAAGCCAGUUACUCCUGCAUUAUCCACUUUGUACUGUUUUCAGUCAGCUCCAUAAUUGCUAAUUUAAUCAGUAAAUCAAUUUACUACUCAUUAACUGAGAAACUAUAUUCUGAGAACCCUGUCAGGAACUAGGGAGUUUAAAAAUAUGUAAAAUAAUGGUCUUUGUCCUCCAUAGAAUUCAUAGUCUAAUAUGCAUGUUUUUCCUUAAUCAUGUCUUUGAUUUGGCUCUUUUCCCUCAAAAGAAUCCUGCUUAUUAUCUUAGGGGAUCACAGGUGCAUUUGACGUUACAUGGUGGAUAAAUGACAAGUUGUAAAGGAAAUUUUAUGCCUCUUCACAUUAAAAAUGUAUUUACAUUUUACCUUUAUAGCGAUUCUCCUAAGAAACUUUGAGGGUUUUUUUUUUUUUUCCUGCAAUCAGAAAUCACCAUUGUGUGUUGACCCAUAAGUAGGGACAUCUCUAAGUCCCUCAUUCAGCAGGAAGAUGCUGCUGAAGAUGAGACCUCCACCAACUUGCCAAAGAUUUGUCAUUGUCGAUCUGUCAGGGUGGAACAUAGAGGCCACUUUUAGGCAACAGGCUUGAGCAGUAGAAACCCGAGCAAGGCAAAAGGGCCCACAGUGACCACCGAGCUGAUGCAAACAGGCUCAUUAAGCCAUAGACCCUAACUGACCAAUGGGCUACUUAAAACCAGUCACAGUCCCUAAGAUUGCCAAAAAAAGGGAGAAUUCCAUAGUCCUUUACUUUGCCCUAUAACUAUAGCCCCUCACCACCACCUCUUGGCACUCUCCUUUGCUGUCCUGCCUGUUGCUCCCUUGCAGUGCAUUCAGUAAACUUCUAUUGCUUAAAAAAAAAAAAAAAAAGGGAGGGAGGGGGAAAGAGAAAGAAAGAAAGAAAAAGAAAUCACCAUUGUAAUUUGUCAAAUGUAUAAUUAGUCCAUUUUUUUUUAAAAUCAAAUAAAAUGUUUGUAUACAUCACUUUUCCCCUGGGUCAGGAUACAAAAGUGAUUCAGAACAGAGGGCCUCUCAUACUCCAGUCUUUCAGCUCCUAGUUCCUCUUCCUGGAGGCAGGCACUAUCAACAGUCUCCUGUAUACUUUGAGAAGGAUUCUCUGCCGAAACAAAUACAUGUGUAUAUGGGAGUUUUUACACAAAUCAUAAACUGUACUGAGUUCACCCCUUUUUUUUUCCCCCUUAAUGGAGAUCAUUCCAUAUCAUUAUGUAAGAAACAAGACCUCUUUCCCUUUUUUGGCUACAUGAGAUUCUGUUGAAUGGCUAUACCAUAACUUAUUUAAGCUGUUACUGAUGAACAUUAGGUUUCCUGUCUUUUGCUGUUACAGUGAUAACCUUGAAUCUAAAGUUAUUAUACGUAUCUGUGCGGAGUAUAGCUAUAAGCUAAACCCUGAAAGUGUAAUUUGCACUAACUGUACAUAAAGUCCCAUUUGAUUGUGUGUUUUGUUUUAGGGACUUGGACAGCUCACCGAUAAUGCCAUUUCUGAAGACAUUUUAGCAGAAUCAGUAAACUGGAAGAGUAAUUUAGAGAGACCUUUUUUUCAGACAGUGAUGACAUUGGUACUAUGUGAUUCUAAAAGGGGUUCUGCUUCUCUUUGGAAACAGGCCUCUCUCAUACGUGAGUGGGUUUUAUCUCUGGCAGCAUGUCCUAGUGUGUGAUACAGAUGAGCAGCCUGUUAUGGUUUGGCUUCACCCUAGAAGUGAGAUCACGGGCAAGGGGCUUAUUUUUCUGACACUUGUAUUCUCUAAGAUGUGGACUUAAUACUACCUCAUGUGGCUCACACGAGAAGCAGUUGAGAUAAUGUAUGUGAUGUGUCGCACAGUGCUUUGCAAAUUGCCCAAUAAAUAAUAGAUGUUGGUCCGAA